AUGAACCAGGUGGUGGCAUGUGGUGGCAUGAACCAGAGUGGCUUCAUCUCCCGUCGGAUCAAUGGCCAACAUCUCCAAGUCCCAUUCCGGAGACUGCUGGAGCAGCGGAUUAGGUGUAACAUCGCUAAGUUACGUCUUAUUCCUGAUUUCCUGAGUAAGUUCUCUGAGUUUGGCAAGGCACUGCGCACGUCUGCCUAUGUUCUCAGAUUCAUCGAUAGAAGUCGGAAAUUGGCAGAUCCAAGCUCUACCGUGGUCCAAGCGGAUGAGCUGUCACGGAGCCAAGAGCGGCUAAUCGUCAUGGCUCAACGACAAACUUUUCCACAAGAAUACCACUGUCUGCAGUCCAAGCAGCAGGUUCCUUCGUCAAGUUCAAUCCGAAACUUGAACCCUUUCCUCGAUGGCAAGGGGAUUCUACGGGCCUAUGGGCGUCUGAGGGCGUCCCACUCGCUGCGUUAUGAUGAGAGUCAUCCAAUCAUCCUCUCGUACUCCUCAUCCUUGGCCGACUACUGGUUCAUUUCACCCAUCGUAUAUCCUUACAUGGGGGUCCUCGCCAAAUCCACCAUCAACUCUUGCAAGGUUUGCGUGAUCUACAAGAAGAGAUUGCAGACCCACAUGAUGGGGGACUUGCCCAAGGAAAGGGCGUCCUACUCAAGACCUUUCAUGCACACUGGAGUCGACUUCGCCGGCCCAUUCGAAAUAAAAAAUUACACUGGCCGAGCCUGCCUCAUCACCAAAGGGUAUGUCUGCGACUUCGUGUGCUUCAGCACGAAGGCGAUCCACUUGGAGGCAACAUCGGAUCUCACGACGGAGAAAUUCCUGGCCGCAUUCUCCCGCUUCAUCGCACGGCGCGGGUGUCCACACCAAAUGUACUCGGACAACGGGAAAACCUUCGUUGGAGCUAACAAGGUGAUCUCCAACGACUUCUUGGAAGCGACGAGGGAGUGCAUCAUCGCACAACACGCCCACAAGAGCCUAUCCUGGCACUUCAUCCCGCCGGGCGCCCCGCAUAUGGGUGGAUUAUGGGAAGCCGGCGUAAAGAGUUUUAAGGCACUCUUUUACAAGGCGACAUCCACUGCGAAGUAUACGUUCGAAGAGUUGUCCACUCUUCUCGCUAAAAUCGAAGCCUGCUUGAAUUCGAGGCCGAUUUCCCCUACGUCCGAGGAUUCUUCGGACUUACUAGCGCUCACUCCUGGCCAUUUCCUCAUAGGUGGCCUCUUUAUUUCGGUGUUGGAACCACCAAUUAACCAACCGACCACCUCCAUCCUCAAUCGAUGGCAGCGACUGAAGGCUCUUCACCAAUAA